AAGCAGCAGUCGCUCAGAGCGAGAAGACGGGAGGUGGGGGAAAAAAUGCCGGCGACCGCGACGAUGUUGGGAGCGCUGCUGGGUCUGGGAACCCAAAUGUACUCCAACGCCCUUCGCAAGCUCCCUUACAUGCGCCAUCCAUGGGAGCAUGUUCUUGGAAUGGGAUUGGGGGCGAUCUUCGUGAAUCAGCUGGUUAAAUGGGACGACAAGCUCAAAGAGGAUCUCGACAAGAUGCUCGAGAAAGCUAGGGCCGCCAACGAGCGCAGAUACUUUGAUGAUGAUGAAGAUUAGCAUUUAUCCUGAGUUCUUUGGUUGCAUUUCCUGGCCAGUUGCAGAAUGUCAUCAAAGGCAUCUUUUUUCUUUCAGCAAAAGCUAGUAACCAGUCAGGCAUGUCCAAUAGUGUGUACUUCUGUUGCACUGUUUGAAACUGAAGUUGCUGUUCUGCAAUUAGCUUGGUUUCUUUGACAUGCUUUCUCAAAUAAUAAAUUAUUACUUGUAUGAGUUGUGUUUUGCAUGACAAAUUGAUUUGACUUUA